CUUAUUCAAUCCUUCUACUACUCAAUCCUCUACAUUUUCCUCUCAUCUAUUAUUCAAUUUUACAAUUAUCUCACAAUUAUCAUUUUUCACAAAUAUUUAAUAAAUGGAGAUUACGGAGCUUAAUCUCAUAGGCGAUUUCGAAGCCGGAAUAAAAUGUUUACAACAAAAUCACCCAUCAAUACUUUCUAAUCUUUCUUUAAUCCCACAAUUAUAUAGUUAUUGGACAUGGGGUGCUUUACUUAUUGCGGUUUUUGCUACUUUUACUAACAUUUUCAAUAGAUUAAAAACAUUUAUUUAUAGUAUUCGAUUUAAGUUAAUAACUUCUUGUCAGAAAACAUGUCAGCCGCAAACAUUUGACCAAGAUGAUUUCGACUUUGACUUUUCCGAUGACGAGGACUGCGACGACGACACGCCGUCCUCCGUCGCCGAUUCCGAUGAUCAAGAGUUAGAUUCCGAGGACGAAAAUGUUGUUUUCCGACACGAAGGGCAAAAUGGUGAUUUCGCUCUACGGCGGCGUAACGGUUUUUCUUGGUCGGAUUUUUCUGCCGGAAAAAGUGUUGUACAGUUGUGGGAUAGUUUUGGGUUAGGUUUAGAUUUCGAAGAUGAUGAAUAUGAUAACAGCGGUGAAAUCGGGAUCUGGGAUGUGAAUAUGAACUCCGGCCGUCGUGGUACGGCGGCGAAGACGCCGGAAAAUGUGGUGGUGACGGCGGAUGUGGUUGGUGGGUUUGGGGGUUAUGAUUGUCGGAUGGGUGGGAAGUUGCCAGAAAUUUUGGCCGCGUGGCGGCCACGGCCGGGAAAACUUUGGAUGGAAGGUGGCGGCGCCGCCGGUAAGAAGGUUGAGUGAGCGCGUGAUUAUUGCGGCGACUUUUACUCUUAUGUAGUCAUUAGGUAUGACCGUUUCUUGUUAUUGCAAGUUAAUGAAACGAUGUCGUUCCGUAUAUAUUGAUUUAUUGACUUUUUACCUUUUUACUAUAUAAAUAAAUGGUUUUAUUGCCAUA